CUCCUCACCAACGGCAUUGAACAUUGAAAAUGAAGUUCCGGUGGGUGACUGGCCUUUUGAUGGGGGCAGUCGCCGUCGACGCCUUCAUGCCCCCCGACUACGCCUACGAGUCCUCCCAGGCCGACGAGGUAGAUAUCGCCAAACAGUCCAGCGGAGUGGUAAAAUAUCAAUCGCCGCCCGCGGAUUCCUACCUCCUCCCCAAGACCAACUCCGAGAACGCCACCGAGAACUGGCGGGUCACUUGUUCCAGCCAGUAUCAGGGCUAUAAUUGCGAGUAUGCCAUCGACGACCGCACCGACCGCUAUUGGCGCAGCGACACCAGCCAACAGGAGCCUGCGUGGAUCCAGAUCGACUUGCGCCGGGACUACUAUGUCUCCGGCUUGACGAUGUUGCCGCGUCUGGAGGCCACGGCGGACCCGGGUCAGAUCGGCGAGCACCGCAUUCACCUCUCGCUGGACGGGCAGACCUGGACGGAGGUCGCGUACGGCACCUGGGGAUCCAACCGGAGUCCCAAGAUGUCCGCCUUCAUCCCAACCGCAGCCCGCUAUGUGAAGCUGGUUGCUGAGUCCAUGUCGCAACCCCACCACCAGAUCCGCAAUGGGCCCAUCGCCAUCGUCAAUUUGGCCGUCUAUGCCUACAACGAAGGCACGUUCCCCGUCCCGGACCCGGCAACCGGGGGCAUCUGGGGUCCCACGCUGGAUCUGUCCCUGGUCCCCGUCUCGGGCGCGGUGGAGCAACAUGGGAAUCUCAUCCUCUGGUCGGCCUGGGCGGACGACCAGUUCUUCGCCUCCCCCGGCGGCAAGACGCUGACCACCACCCUGAACCGCAGCGGCAUCAUUACCCAGAGCGAAGUGGUCGAGACCAAGCAUGAUAUGUUCUGCCCCGGCACCUCCAUGGACCUCGAGGGCAACAUUGUCGUCAGCGGGGGGGCGGAUUCCGGGCGCACCAGUGUCUACAAUGGCACCACCUGGAUCAAAGGACCUGCCAUGCAGACUCCCCGCGGCUAUCAGUCCUCCGCCACCCUGUCCGACGGGCGCAUUUUUGUCAUCGGCGGAUCCUGGAGCGGAGGCGACAAGGUGGAGAAGAACGGGGAGGUCUACUAUCCCGGGCCCCAGCCGCGGUGGGAGAUGCGCAGCAACGCCAAAGUCGCCCCCAUGAUGACGGACGAUCGGCUGGGCGCCUGGCGGGCGGACAACCACGGCUGGCUCUUUGGCUGGAAGCAGGCCAGCGUCUUCCAGGCCGGGCCCAGCAAGCGGAUGCACUGGUACGACGUGGAUGCCACCGACCGCAAGGGCCGCGCGCGGGGUUCCUGGAAGGAGGCGGGCGACCGCGGCCAGGACCAUGACGCCAUGUCCGGCAGCGCCGUCAUGUUCGAUGCGACGCGCGGCCAGAUUCUGACCGUGGGUGGCCAGCGGCACUACGACGGAUCCAACGGGUCCAAGCAGGCCCACCGCAUCACCCUGGGGGCCGCCUACCAGGACCCGGAGGUGGUGGUGGCCGGCCGGGGCGAGAAGGGCGAGGGGGCAGGUGGCAUGAACUUCCAGCGCGUCUUUCAUACGGCCGUCGUGCUGCCGGAUGGCACUGUCUUCAUUGCAGGCGGGCAGACCUGGGGCAAGCCCUUCCACGAGGAGGACAUCAACUUCGUCCCCGAGCUCUACGAUCCGGCCACCGAUACCUUCUACCCCCUGAGCCGCAACAACAUCAAGCGCGUCUAUCACAGCAUCUCCCUGCUGCUGCCGGAUGCGACAGUGCUGAACGGGGGCGGGGGAUUGUGUGGCAACUGCUCGGCCAACCACUACGACGCUGAGAUCUUCUCGCCCCCGUAUCUCUUCACCGCGACGGGCGAGAGAGCUCGCCGCCCGCACAUCACCACAGUGGUGGGGGGUCCUCGCGUCACUGUGGGCCAACAGCUAAAGUUCCAGACCGACGACUUCAUCGAGUCGGCCUCGUUGGUGCGUGUCGGCACGACCACCCACACCGUCAACACCGACCAGCGCCGCAUUCCCCUCGACACGAUGCGCCCCGUGGGCCAUUUGCAGUACAGCGCGCGUCUGCCCGACGAUCCGGGGGUUCUGUUGCCGGGGUGGUACAUGUUGUUCGUCAUGGAUGCCAAUGGCACCCCCAGCGUCGCCGAGAUGAUCAAGGUGGAAUUGGCCUCGCCUCCCGACUACUUGUCGGAUGAAGCCUCGGAGGAAGAGGGGAAGACUGUCGGUCAUGGUCAUGGUUCUGUCGGACUGACGGCUAGCUGUGACGAGGAUGAGGAGGUGAUGGGGAUCAUGGCCAUCAUGUUUGCCUCGGCCAGGAAGUUCUGGAGGCAGUGGCGGGCUGGUCUGGUCUCCCAGGCUUAG